UGUUUCAUGCUUCUGACUGAACACUCCUGCAGCCGCAGACUCGUAGUUCAGCCACUGCUGCUGAGAACUCGCUGCCCAACAGUCGGUGUUGUGUCAUUCCUACCAACAGGAUUACUGAAAGCUAAUAUACGGCUAACCAGCAUUGUAAGUCCAGAGGACUCUGUAAAAAAUGCCUCAGACCAACAAGUCAGUGAGCAGUGGUGGCAUGCCAGGACAGGUAUCUGCUCCAGACCAGGGAGAGCCACCACCAGCAUCAGUGGACGUUAAGGGCCAGGUGGCUGCUGGAGAUGGAGGCGGAGGAGUCGAUGCAGAAGACAAGGGAGACAUGGAGGUCAUCAAAUCACCCAGUGACCCGAAAAAAUACAGAUACAUCGAGCUGAGUAACGGCCUCCGGGCUCUCCUUAUCUCCGACUUCAGUCGGGCUGAUGGGAAGGGAGACAGUGAAAAUGAAGAGGACAAGGGGGAAACAGAAGAUGAGGAAGAGGAGGAAGGUGAAGAUGAAGGGGAUUCUGGUGAGGGGUCGGAGGAGGAUGACGAGCACAACGAAGAAGAAGAGCAAGACAGCGACUUUGAUGAGCUGGACGAGGAGAACGCAGGGAACAAGAAGAUAGGGUGUUCUGAGAAGCAGGCAGCGGCUGCUCUGUGCAUCAGUGUUGGGAGCUUCAGUGACCCCGACGACCUGCCUGGCCUCGCCCACUUCCUGGAACACAUGGUGUUUAUGGGCAGUGAGAAAUACCCAGCAGAAAACGGCUUUGAUGCUUUCUUGAAGAAGCACGGCGGUAGCGACAACGCAUCCACCGACUGUGAGAGAACCAUCUUUCAGUUCGACGUGCAGAGGAAGUAUUUCAGAGAGGCGCUCGACAGGUGGGCUCAGUUCUUCAUAUGUCCGCUGAUGAUUGAGGACGCCAUUGACAGAGAGGUGGAAGCUGUGGACAGCGAGUACCAGCUGGCGAGGCCGUCUGACUCGCAUCGUAAGGAGAUGCUGUUUGGGAGCCUGGCUAAACCUGGACACCCCAUGAGCAAAUUCUGCUGGGGUAACGCUCAGACAUUAAAACACGAGCCCAGAGAGAAACAGAUCAACACGUACCAGCGGCUCAGGGACUUCUGGAGGAGAUAUUACUCUGCUCAUUACAUGACGCUCGCUGUUCAGUCCAAAGAGACACUGGACACUCUGGAGCAGUGGGUGAGAGAGAUCUUCAUCAAAGUUCCCAACAAUGGUGACCCUCGACCCGACUUCUUUCACCUCCAGCAGCCGUUUGACACUCCAGCCUUCAACAAACUCUACAGAGUGGUCCCUGUGAGGAAGGUUCAUGCUCUGACCAUCAGCUGGGCCGUACCACCACAGGGAAAACACUACAGAGUGAAGCCUCUUCACUACAUCUCCUGGCUGAUCGGACACGAAGGAACCGGCAGCAUCCUGUCUCUGCUUCGCAAGAAGUGCUGGGCUCUGGCUCUGUUUGGAGGAAACAGUGAGACGGGCUUCGAUCAAAACACCACCUACUCCAUCUUCUCCAUCUCCAUCACCCUCACCGACCAGGGCUACCAGAACUUCUACCAGGUUGUAGAUUUUGUGUUCCAGUACCUGAAGAUGCUCCAGACUCUGGGCCCCCAGCAGAGGAUCUACGAGGAAAUUCAGAAGAUAGAAGCCAAUGAGUUCCACUAUCAGGAGCAGACGGAUCCUAUCGAGUUUGUGGAGAACAUCUGUGAGAACAUGCAGCUGUUUCCCAAAGAGGAUUUCCUGACUGGGGACCAGCUCAUGUUUGAGUACGACCCAGAGGUGAUCAGUGCUGCUCUGUCCCUGCUGACUCCAGACAGAGCAAACCUGCUGCUGCUGUCACCAGAAAACGAAGGUCGAUGUCCACUCAGAGAGAAAUGGUUCGGUACCUGCUACAGCAUGGAGGAUAUCCCAGAGGAGUGGGCUCAGCGUUGGACAGGAGACUUCGAGCUCCACCCUGAACUCCACCUCCCUGCUGAGAACAAGUACAUCGCAACGGAUUUCACUCUGAAAGUGUCGGACUGUCCAGACACAGAGUUUCCUGUCAGGAUAGUGAACAACGAGCGCGGCUGUCUGUGGUACAAGAAGGACAACAAGUUUAAGAUCCCCAAAGCUUAUAUUCGUUUCAACUUGAUCUCCCCCAUGAUUCAGAGGAGCCCUGAGAAUCUGGUUCUGUUCGACCUCUUCGUCAACAUCUUGGCCCACAACCUGGCAGAGCCGGCCUACGAGGCCGACGUGGCUCAGCUCGAGUACAAGCUGGUGGCCGGAGAGCACGGCCUUGUGAUCCGACUGAAGGGCUUCAACCACAAGCUGCCGCUGCUGUUGAGGCUGAUCGUGGAUCACCUGACCGACUUCAGCGCGGAGCCGGGCGUCUUCACCAUGUUCUCAGAGCAGCUGAAGAAAACCUACUUCAACAUCCUCAUCAAACCUGAGCGCCUGGGCAAAGAUGUGCGUCUGUUGAUCCUGGAGCACUGUCGCUGGUCGGUCAUUCAGAAGUAUCAGGCCGUCAUGAAGGGUCUGACUGUUGAUGACCUCAUGACUUUCGUCACGGGGCUGAAGGCGGAGCUGUACACUGAGGGGCUGGUGCAGGGAAACUUCACCAGCACGGAGUCCAAGGAGUUCCUGCAGUACUUCACUGAGAAGCUGCAGUUCCAGCCUCUGUCUGCAGAGGUCCCUGUCUUGUUCCGGGUGGUGGAACUGCCUGAGAAAAAUCUCCUGUGUAAAGUCAAAUCACUCAACAAGGGAGACGCCAACUCUGAGGUCACCGUCUACUACCAGUCGGGGCUGAAGAACCUCAGAGAGCACGCCCUGAUGGAGCUGAUGGUGAUGCACAUGGAGGAGCCGUGCUUCGACUUCCUCAGGACAAAGGAGACUCUGGGGUACCAGGUGUAUCCAACCUGCAGGAACACGUCAGGGGUGCUGGGGUUCUCUGUCACCGUGGAAACACAGGCCACCAAGUUCAGCACGGAGUUCGUGGAGGCGAAGAUCGAGGAGUUCCUGGUCAGUUUCGGCGAGCGUCUGUCAGGUCUGAGCGAGGAUGCCUUCAGGACCCAGGUGACAGCUCUCAUCAAGCUGAAGGAGUGCGAGGACGCUCAUCUAGGAGAGGAAGUGGACCGCAACUGGUUUGAGGUCGUCACACAGCAGUACGUCUUCAACCGGCUCAACAAGGAGAUCGAGGCUCUGAAGCACUUCACUCAGGAGGAGCUGGUCUCCUGGUUCUUGGAGCACAGAGACACCAGCAGCAGGAAGCUCAGUGUUCAUGUGGUUGGUUUCGGGGUGGAGGAGAACGACCCACCGGAGCAGAACAACGGCUGCAGCACGGACAGCCCCGACAACCCCCCCCCCUCCUCGGCCUACGGUGAAGUCAGCGAGCUGACCUUCCUGUCCGCCUCCUCGCCGUCGCUCCAGGACACCACACUCAUCUCCGACAUCAGAGCGUUCACCUCCUCUCUCCCCCUUCACCCCUACCACAAAAUCCUCAGCUAAGUCACUCCCACUGCAGACCGACAGGAACCGCACCAGAUCCUCCUCCUCCUCCUCGUUUCCUGUCAGAGAUAAUAAAGUUACCAUGACAACGACUAGCAUCAUAAUACUAAUCGCACUGUUUGGUCAAGGAGGUCACUGUUAGGACGACAGACACUAAGGGGCGUGUCCGAGGUCGGUCAGUUAUUUUCUUUAAUGUGAGUGGUUACAAUAAUGCUGCAUUCACUUCCUACUGGAAAAACUGUAGAUCUGAGCUUCUGACUGAGAAACCAUGUUCACAGUCGCUCAGAGAUGCUUCAGCUCUUUUUAGAUGGAAUAUGAGACUGAGGUUUGUUACAAAUUCUGGAAACAGAGUGUCAGCAAUAAUACUUUAAUUUAGAUAAAUAAACACUGAGCCUGUUGUUGUGUCACCAGGUGUCUGACAGGCUUUGUGGCAGUUCAGCUAAACUGGAUCAGUUGGACCUGAUUUCUGCAGCUAAACCAAACAUGUGAGCAGGUUGCCUCCUCAGAUUUAGUGGAAGGAAGACCAUGAACCACUGAGAAAAGAUUUUAGAAAUACCAGUGUAGAGCUGCUUAUUUUACUAUCAAUUAAUCUGCUGAUCAAUUUGUCAAUUCGAAAAAAAAGUGAAAAAUGUCCCUCACGGUUUUUCAGAGCCUGAAUUGACGACUUUAAAUGGCUUCUUUUUUUUUUUUUUCAAAAGCAUUGGCUUUAAAAUCCUGAAGAUUUCAGUUUACACUGAUAAAAUCCUCACGUUUUUGUUAAUUUUCUAUCAAUCGACUGAUCAAUGUAUUCAUCUUAGCACCUCUAACACAGCAUGACUGGACUUUAGAUAAUCACAAAAAUCUGUCUCUUAAUACAAAUGUUCAUCACAUCAGAGACCAUUUUGUCCCUACAGUAAUUACAGUCUCUUUACAGUCUCCUGCAGCAUCAAAAGUCUGUUGCAUAUAUUCUUUCAGAUCAACAUCAUCAAAUUAAUCGAGAUUUUCAUUUGUAAAAAAAGAUUGAUGUUUACUUUUGCACCUUGUCUCAGUAAAUGUCUGUUGUUACUUUAAGUUAAAGGACAGUAGAUAAAAGCUGCUGUUCAGUCUUUAAAAUGUGCAGAAUAAUAAUGUGCGGCAGGCUUUUAUUAUUCUUAAUUGUUUUGCAUAUUUUGUCAUCCUCAAAAGUAUAGAUGUGUCAUCUUUUAGUUGUUUUGCAUUUGCCAAGAAAAAUAAAUCUUGUUUAAUAAGUGGUAAAUGUGUUUAAAGUUAAAUUGUUAGAAGAGCGUCACACAACAUUUCUCUUUUUAUCUGAAUCAUCUGAUAUCAAGCCCUAAUAAACUCUGUAGUUCUCACUGGUGUUUGAACACAUCCAGGACUCACCUGUCCAUCUUCAGGUGCUAGACUUGUGCUGCUGAAUUAUCUCAUCAAUGUUUCUGUAGUCAGAAAUGAAGUUAAGCCAUGCUGGUGUUAUUUGAUUGAGUUGUAGGAUUCUGUCGUCACACUGGGCUCUGACCUGAAACCCUAAUUAAAGCAGCUCUGCAGAAGGUUUCAUUUCAACUCUUAAGGUAUUUUUUGAUACUAACAAUUAAUUAUCCAUUCAUCUGCCAGUUUUUUCUCCAUUAAUAGUUUGGUUUAUAAAACGUCCAUCUCAGUUUCCUAUGUCGAGCUGAACUGUCCCAAAACCAAAGGUGUAAAAUUUAUAAUUAUGUAGAAAAACAGCCACAACAACUGAUCAGUUAUUAAAAUAUUAUAUAUGAAUUCAUUGUUUCAGCUCUACCCAGGUGCAGUUUAAACCACAGCUUCAUGGGACACAUCAGUCAGUGGGGUUUCAGCCCAGAUUUAAACUACAGCUAACCACACAACAGCAGCCUCUGUGUGGAGCUACAUGUGAUCAUUGUGAUGUUGGUUUGUGUUGCAGUGAAGCAGCUGAGCAGGAGCAGAUCGACGAGUCUGUGAGACUGUUUUUAACUGUGAAGUGAUUCGAUUUUUCCCAGGUGAAGUGAACGCAGUGUGAUGACUCAGGGCUCUGGUUUUAAGUGAAAGUCUGUCAUGAAAUGCGACGCGAGGCAGAACCAUCGUUGUCAUGUCCCUGACGACACAACAGCUCUGUGUUUUCAUUCAGCGUCUAUCAGUUUACAUAUACAUGUUCACACUGUAAUAUUUUUAUCAAUGGAUGAUGUAUAUGAAGAAAUGAAUGUAUAGACUUCAACAGUAUGUGGUGGCCAGUGAUACAGAACUGUGACAUGUUUUAUCUCUGAAUGUACUGCAGGAGUUUACGGAGGCUGGAGAGCGCCACCAAAAUAAUUCUACAUUUUCAAUUGAUUACAUUUGAAGUUCAAUGCCGAUUAAAAUACCUAAAUUAAAAACUUUAUGAAAUGUUCAGUAAAGAGUUGAGUUUUGUUUGUUUAUUCUGUCUUUAAAUGAUGAAUAAAAAAUGUAAAAGGG